AUGUGUGUGAGAUCGGAGGCUCACCCGACCCAAGCGGGAUCAAGUGGGAGUUGCAGGGAUUCACCAUCUGCUAGUUCACAGGGUUCCCCAAAGUCUGUUGUUGGAAGCUAUGGCUUGGACACCGUGCCUGUCCAGUGGGAUGAUUCGCCAGUCAUCAGGGAUCGUAUUCGUGACAACCACAAUUUGCUCUUGAAGUUCAACCAUACUACUGGUCAGAAAGAAUCGGGCUGUUUCAUCGAGGCAAACAAUGACAAUGUGAAACUCAAUGCAUCAGUUCUCAAGCCGCUGCUGCAAGUCAUGAGAAAUCAUGACUUGCAGCUCCCUAGCAUUGAGAACCUGAAUGUUGCCAUUGAUGCAUUCUACCAGUUGUCAAAGGUUAGCCGAUGCAGUGACCUGAUUUAUCAAGAAGCAUGGGCGAUUCGUCGAAUGAUUGGUCGUAUGAAGAAGUUCAUCUACAGAGAUGCAGUCGUGCAAGACCUUGUUCAAGCAUUGGGUUUCAGCACCGGUGAGGACUGGCAGCCCCUAUCAGCACGUGCUGACAGUCAGGAUUGCGGGGAUGAUGGUGACCAUGAAGAUUGUGGGGGCCAGGAACUCCAACCGUGUACUGAUGGACUACCCAUGUUUCCAGAAGACUCUCUUAAUGUUGAGAAGGAAUUGGGAGUUAUCUUUGAGAAUCUCGAAGAACAAUUGCCAGAGGUGCCCUUGCCAGGCCCACCUGUGCCACAGAUCCCAAGUCCACCAAGGGAUAAGGUUCUGGCUGAAGGCCCAUCCAGUCCACCAGCACCUGUUGUGGACAAGGAGGUCGAGACGGGCCCCGGAGCAGGGUCUUCCAAAGUUGUGGCAACUCCGUGCCGUGCCCCAUCUACUUCAUUCAUUGGGACCCCAGCAACCUUGAAAGAUUCGAGUUCCCCAGAGACACACCAAAAGGAUCAGAUUUGGGACAUCUCGUCUGAUGAGGAGGGUACGUCCAAAGUGAAGCAGCAUGUUCCCCCGGGCUUAACCGUUGACAUGAUUAUCAAUGCCUUGAAGCAGUUGGACUUGUCCAAGCAAACUCAGGAUGAUCAAGUCCCACGAGCCGGUCACAGUGCAGCAUCCAACGUGGAGGGGGUGGAGGCGACUGGCAAAGACAGCACCAGCAUCCCUGACCACGAAGUGAUUACCAGAAGACGACAGUUCCGCAUGAAACAAGCACGCGCAGAAGAGAAGAGAGAGAAGAAGGCAGAGAAGAAAGUCCAGAAGAAGCAGCAAAAAGAAGAGAAAAUGAGAAAAAAGUUGGAAAAAGAAGCCAAGAAAAAUGCAUCCCCAAAGAAAAGAGGUAGAAAGGCAUCAGAGAAAGCAGGGGAUCGCAACAAACAAAACAAAUCUAUGAAAGGCUCUGCUACUUUGGAUCAACCACAGGAUGAUGACCUGAACACCAAGACGGAGGCAUCGGAAUGCCAUCCAGGUCACAAGGUCCGGAGCCGAAAGAUGAAACAACUCAAGAAGUUGAAUGCGGCUUUGAAAUCAUCGGAGACCCAAGGUGUUGAUGAGAAGGCGGUGGCAAACCAGAAGAAGAAAAAUGCAUGCAAGAAAUCCAAGACUGCCAAACACAGGAAUGAAGAAGAGGAGCAGAAGGAAGAGCAGGGAGAAAACAAUGACCAGGAGAAUGAGCAGCAAGCCGCAGAAGAGAAUCAAGAUAACGCAAAGGAACAGAGAAAGGUGCGAGGCAGAAAGCCCAAACAUGUCAAGGAACCAGAACCAAAGGAAGGAAAGCCUGAAGAAGAGGUCUUGGAGAAAGAGAAAGAUGCUGGAAAAAUCGAGACGGAAUGCCCUGUCCCAAGCAAGGGAAAGAAAACCGCAGCCAAAUCGAAAGCAAAAGCCAAGGGUGAUGUGGACAUUGAGGAAACGAAGGAGAAGUCCAGCAGCAAGUCUUCAAGUUCCAUCCCCAAGCCAAGAAGUAAGGCCAAGGCCAAGGCAGCAGCAAAGACUGGGGAUAAGGAAAGUGGGACAGGCAAAAAGCGGGUUGCAGGAGAGCAGAUCCAGAAAGAAGACAAGCCCAAACGUACCAGACGCAAUUUUUCCAAGGUGGAAGCAGAACCAUGGGUGAAGGACCUAGUCAAAGAGAUCCUGCUUGAGUGUGACCGUACCCACUGCACACAUCCCUCAGUGGAAAAGGUGAAAUUGAAGAGUGCUGACGUGGACAUGGAGCCCUACAGGACCCGCAACGCAUGUGGGAUUAAGGUGGGACGCAAGUACUUUACCAAUAAAAAGGCCCAGGGCAAAGGAAAGGCUCAUGUUACCUACUUCUCUGGCAAGACUCCAUGCUUCUACACCAACCAGAAGUUGGCUGAGAUUUGGGUCAACCAAUGGCAGGCGGAUGGCAAGCCUGAUCCUCUUUGCGAAUCCUUGGUGAAUUUCGCCAAUGUCCUGAAGUCCUCGCACGAGCUGGCUGUUGCUGAGCACCAGGGUGGGUCGGCUCCCACUGAUUGA